AUGGUGGCCCUGCGGAUGCCCCGGCUCCUGGCCCAGACGGCGAUCCUGAUGCUCUUUUGCCUUCCUCAGGCACGGCCGGCUGGCGUCUUUGAGCUGCAGAUCCACUCUUUCGGACCGGGUCCAGGCGCGGGGGCCGCACGGUCCCCAUGUAGCAGCGCCCGGGGUCCCUGCCGCCUCUUCUUCCGAGUCUGCCUGAAGCCGGCUGUCCCGGACGAGGCCGCCGAGUCCUCGUGCGCGCUCGGCGCGGCGCUCAGUGCGCGCGGCCCCGGCGCCGGCGUCCCGCAGCCCGGGGAGCCCGUGCCGGCCCUCGCGCUGCCCGACAGCCUCCUGCGCGUGCCCUUCCGAGACGCCUGGCCGGGCACCUUCUCCCUCAUCAUCGAGGCCUGGAGAGAAGAGCUGGGAGAGCAGGGGACAGGCCCCACCUGGAGCCUGCUGGCGCGCGUGGCCGGCCGCAGGCGCCUGGCGGCGGGAGGCCCAUGGGCCCGCGACGUGCAGCAUGCAGGCGCCUGGGAGCUGCGCUUCUCGUUCCGCGCGCGCUGCGAGGCGCCGGCGGUCGGGGCUGCGUGCGCGCGUCUCUGCCGCCCGCACAGUGCCUCCUCUAGGUGCGGCCCCGGACUGCGCCCCUGCGCGCCGGCGCAGGACGAGUGCGAGGAGGCGCCGCCCACCUGCCGAGCCGGCUGCAGCCCCGAGCACGGCUUCUGCGAGCAACCAGACGAAUGCCGAUGCCUGGAAGGCUGGACCGGGCCCCUCUGCACCGUCCCGGUCUCUACCAGCAGCUGCCUGGGUUCCAGAGGCCCUUCCUCUGCUGCCACUGGAUGCCCUGUGCCCGGGCCCGGGCCCUGUGACGGGAACCCUUGUGCCAACGGGGGCAGUUGCAGCGAGAGCGCCGGCGCCUUCCAGUGCACCUGCCCCCGCGGCUUCUACGGGUCACGGUGCGAGGUGAGCGGGGUGACGUGCGCCGACGGCCCCUGCUUCAACGGCGGCGUGUGCGUCGGGGGCGCGGACCCCGACUCCUCCUAUAUCUGCCACUGUCCCCCUGGGUUCCAAGGCUCCAACUGUGAGAAGAGGGUAGACCGGUGCAGCCUGCAGCCCUGCCGCAACGGUGGCCUCUGCUUGGACCUGGGCCACGCCGUGCGCUGCCGCUGCCGCGUGGGCUUCGCGGGCGCGCGCUGCGAGCAUGACCUGGACGACUGCGCCGCGCGCCCCUGCGCCAACGGCGGCACCUGCGUGGAGGGCGGCGGCGCGCGGCGCUGCUCCUGCGCCCUGGGCUUCGGUGGCCGCGACUGUCGCGAGCGCGCAGACCCGUGCGCCGCGCGCCCUUGCGCCCACGGCGGCCGCUGCUACGCCCACUUCGCCGGCCUCGUCUGUGCCUGCGCGCCCGGCUACAUGGGCGCGCGCUGCGAGUUCCCGGUUCACCCCGACGGCGGCGGCGCGCUGCCCGCCGCGGCUCCCCCGGGCCAGAGGCGGGCGGACCCACAACGCUUCCUGUGGCCUCCGGCUUUGGGGCUCCUGCUGGCCGCGGGCUUGGCCGGGGUGGCCCUCAUGCUGGUCCACGUGCGCCGCCGGGGUGGCUCUCGCCAGGAGACGGGGUCUCUGGGUUUGCUGGCUGGGACCCCGGAACCGUCGAGCCACGGCCUACUGCCCGACGCACUCAACAACCUGAGAAGGACUCCGGAGGGCGCCCGGGACGGCCUGAGCUCCUCAGCAGAGUGGGAUGGCCCUGAAGAUGGCGACUCUCGGGCAGUUUACGUCAUUUCGGCGCCAGCCCUGUACACCCGGGAGGUGACGGCGCCCCUGGUCCCUGUCCGCUGA